AUGGCCUCCUCGACAUCUGUUGCGAGGCUGGUCGCCUACCGUCGCCCUACUCCCUACCUGUGGGCCUCUUCUCUCCGUCUUUCGCCUUUGGGUUCAAUCGCAAACUUUUCCUCCUCGGUGUCGAGAGCUGCUACACCAGUUGGUCCUCCUCAGCCUGGAUUCCGUCUACCUGCGCCGAGGAAAUGGGACCAGGAUCCCGAGUCUUCGCUAGACAAGGCCAGCAAGUACUUUCUUAUGGCUGAAUUAUUCCGGGGCAUGUACGUGGUUCUGGAGCAGUUUUUCAGACCACCUUAUACUAUCUUCUACCCCUUCGAGAAGGGUCCCAUCUCCCCCCGCUUCCGUGGCGAACAUGCUCUGCGCCGCUAUCCCACUGGUGAGGAGCGUUGCAUCGCUUGCAAGCUCUGCGAGGCCAUUUGCCCCGCUCAGGCUAUUACCAUCGAGGCCGAGGAACGUGAAGACGGAAGCCGUCGGACAACCAGAUAUGACAUUGAUAUGACCAAGUGCAUCUACUGCGGUUAUUGCCAGGAGAGUUGCCCUGUUGAUGCUAUUGUCGAGACUUCCAACGCGGAAUACGCCACUGAGACCCGAGAAGAGUUGCUGUACAACAAGGAGAAGCUUCUGGCCAACGGUGACAAGUGGGAGCCAGAGAUUGCCGCAGCCGCUAGAGCCGAUGCCCCCUACCGGUAG